AGUUCUCCCUCACAUACAGGCCACGAGCACACGCACAGCUAUCAUUAGUUUUCCCUCACACACAGGCCAUGAUCACUUCACACCGCUUCUUCCUGUAUCCCUCAGUGCAUGUCACAUGACAGCGGUAACACCGCAGGCCCCUAAACUAGAUGGGAAGCUACCAUAAUUAAAUAGCUCUGAAGCCACGCCUUGUUUUUGUCAUGUGACUUGUAGUGUGAGGGUGACUAGGAACUGUGACAAUGGCUACCCGGCCUGGGAGAGACUGCUAAUGAGAGUGUUACUGAGGGAAACUAUUAGGGAAGAGGUGCUUGUGAGCGAGACUGCUAAGGUGGUGAGUGCCAGAAAGAGAGAAACUGUUAGAGUGUGUUAUUGAGAGUGCUAGUGGGAGAGAGUGUUACUGAGGGAAACUAUUAGGGAAGAGGUGCUUGUGAGCGAGACUGCUAAGGUGGUGAGUGCCAGAAAGAGAGAAACUGUUAGAGUGUGUUAUUGAGAGUGCUAGUGGGAGAGAGUAUUACUGAGAGAAACUAUUAGGGAAGAGGUGCUUGUGAGAGGGACUGCUAAGGUGGUGAGUGCCAGAAAGAGAGAAACUGUAAGAGUGUGUUUUUGAGAGAGACUGCUAAGGGGGAGAGAGAGUACUAGGGUAGAGAGUGCUAGUGAGAUACACUGCUGGGGGGGAGGAGAGAGUGCUAGAGAGAGACUGCUAGUGAGAUACACUGCUUGGGGGGAGAGAGUGCUGGUGAGAGACUGCUAGUGAGAGACUGCUAGGGGAAGAGAGUGCUAGUGAGAUACACUGCUUGGGGGGAGAGAGUGCUGGUGAUAGACUGCUAGUGAGAGACUGCUAGUGAGAGACUGCUAGGGGAAGAGAGUGCUAGUGAGAGACUGCUAGGGGGAGAGACUGCUAGUGAGAGACUGCUAGGGGAAGAGAGUGCUAGUGAGAGACUGCUAGUGAGAUACACUGCUUGGGGGGAGAGAGUGCUAGUGAGAGACUGCUAGUGAGAGACUGCUAGGGGAAGAGAGUGCUAGUGAGAGACUGCUAGGGGGAGAGACUGCUAGUGAGAGACUGCUAGGGGAAGAGAGUGCUAGUGAGAGACUGCUAGUGAGAUACACUGCUUGGGGGAGAGAGUGCUAGUGAAAUACACUGCUAGGGCUGGAGAGAGUGGUAGGGUAAAACUGCUGGAUAACAGAAUACUAGUGAGAGACUUUGUUAUAGAGAGUGUCAGGGUGAGACUGCUUUAGACAUGCUCAGAGAAUAGUGAUUGUUUCAUCAAGCAGAAAGCACUUUUGGGGUCUAGAAAGAAGUGUUUGUGAACAGUAGGUAGCCUGUACCCAGGUAGCAGAGAUAUGCGGUGCUGUUGAGACAUCCUAGACGGUGGAAUACAGAAGAAAGGGAGACUGCUCCAGUCAUUUGUAGAGGAUAAGGAGCUUUAGAGAAGGAGCAUAAUGACGACAUGGAGGGACAAGAUUCCCUUCCUGACCCAGGCAGAUAAUACGGAAGAAGGGAGCGGCCAAGGACCCAAACCAGCGACAUCAGAUGAGGACGAUGACAAGGACGAUGAAUGGGACAAGAGAGAGCAGAGCCACCUGCGGACUGGCAUCUCAUACAGACACUCCGUGGUUAUCGUUCUGAUCCUGUGUUACAUCAACCUCUUGAAUUACAUGGAUCGCUUCACUGUGGCAGGCGUUCUCCCUGACAUCGAGAGAGAAUUUGGCAUCAGAGACAGCUCGUCAGGAUUAGUACAAACCGUGUUUGUCUGUAGUUACAUGGUGCUGGCUCCUGUGUUUGGCUACCUGGGCGAUCGUUACAACAGGAAAUACAUAAUGUGUGUUGGCAUCUCCUUUUGGUCACUGGUGACACUGGGCAGUUCCUACACACCCAAGGAGCAUUUCUGGCUCCUUCUGCUCACUCGCGGUCUGGUGGGUGUCGGAGAGGCCAGUUAUUCCACAAUCGCUCCAACGCUCAUUGCUGACUUGUUCCUUUCCGACCAGCGCAGCCGUAUGCUCUCCAUCUUCUACCUUGCUAUCCCAGUUGGCAGCGGUCUUGGUUACAUUGCAGGGUCAAAGGUGACAAGUGCUGCAGGUGGCAAUUGGCAUUGGGCACUACGGGUGACCCCAGGUCUUGGGCUGCUGGCUGUGCUUCUGCUGCUCUUCAUUGUGAAGGAGCCAAUCCGGGGAGCUGUAGAGAGGAAAACGGACCGACCCCUCACCCACACCACCUGGUUAGCUGAUGUGAAGGCUCUGAGUAAAAAUUCCAGUUUUGUACUUUCCACCUUUGGUUUUACGGCUGUGGCUUUUGUCACCGGUGCGCUGGCCCUCUGGGCUCCCACUUACCUCAUGCGCUCACGUAGAGUGAUCUACCGUAACGAACCAUGUCUGACGCCCAUUUGCAACUAUGACGACAGUAUGAUUUUUGGUGUCAUUACAUUGGUGACAGGCCUCCUUGGAGUUGGCGCCGGUGUGGAGAUCAGUAAACGUUACCGUAAAGUGAAUCCCAGAGCAGACCCGUUAGUCUGUGCUGCCGGGCUCCUCAGCUCUGCCCCCUUUUUAUUCCUGGCUGUGGUCUGCGCAGAGAAGAGCCUCGUUUUGACCUAUAUUUUUAUCUUCAUUGGUGAAUUGCUGCUGUCCCUAAACUGGGCCAUUGUAGCUGACAUCUUGCUGUACGUAGUGAUCCCAACAAGACGUUCCACAGCGGAAUCCUUACAGAUUGUGGUGUCACAUUUACUUGGGGACGCUGGAAGCCCUUAUCUGAUUGGGGUGAUCUCAGAUCAGAUCCGCAAAGGGAAGCCGGACUCCUACCUGCUGAAGUUCCGCAGCCUGGAGUAUGCACUUAUGCUCUGCGCUUUUGUGGGUGUAAUCGGAGGGGCAUUCUUCCUGGCCACUGCCAUAUUCAUUGAGAAAGACCGCAAGAAGGCAGAGCUGUGUACGCAAGGUGUUAUUGAAUGUGCAGAUAGCGAGGAUGAUAAAUUUGUGAUACCAGUACAGGGAAAAUCCACCACAGUACCAGCAUCACAUGUCCUGAUCUAACAGCUACCAAAUCCCUUCACCAGGAAAGAUGGAAGAAAGAUAAAACAUCUCAGUCUUAUGGUCUCUUUCUAAAAAUGUGUGAUUGAUUUUUUUUUUUUUUUUGCAACUAAAACUUGGACAACUUUACAUUGGUGAUUGAUUUGUGCAGGGACAUUUCCACAAGACCAUAUAUCUUCCUUUUCUACACUUGCACUAUAGCAGGACAUCUCAUACUGUUUAGAAACCGAAGAUGGAACAGGAGAAUGAAAGUUACAAGAUCAGGACCUGCAUCCAUAUCCUGGUUCCUCCGUACCAGGGACAUUGUGUUACCUAACAACUAAUAAAUUAUUUGAUGUGCAAAUUGUAUUAACUUUGCCAUAAAGCAGAAACUUCUCCCCUCCCAUAAACUGUUUUUACACGGUUAUGAAUAACUGUCUGACUUACGAUGCCAAGACACAUAUUUUAGUUAGCCAUAAUCAUAAGUUUUUAUAUAAAGACUGACAUUUACCUAAAUGGGACACGGACCUCCCAAACUAAUGUUAUGACUGAAUAAGCGGGAUCAGAAAAUGUAAUGAAGCUAUACCACCCUGAAUAUCGGUGUUGAAUGGAGAUAAAAGCCCAGGGAUCUGAUCACCUAAUUGUUUGCUGUAUCUUGGGAAUGGUGUCAGUUUUUCCGAGACUCAAGCUUAUUUAAUGUUUUAACAUAAAUAACUCAAUGGUGUUGAUUUUUUACCACAAUUUGUUGAUGCGACAAAUUUUCAUUGAAAUUUGUUUUCUAUGUGAAUCUUUUUUUAUGGUAUACAAACACUUUUAUACAACUGCUAAAAUUAUGUUUGAGCUGCUAAUAAUAACAACAUUUAUUGAAUCUUGAUCUGUGUAGGUUCUUAAAGAAAUCAGUUUUAUGCUAGAGCUUGAUAAAUCACAAGGUCCAAUAUCCUACAAUUUUUUUUUGUCCCCUAAUGUUUAAAUUAUUCUACCUAUAUCUGUAUGCACAGACCCGUGCCUGGCUUCUAAAAAGUGUUUAUCUAGUGAUACUUUUUGCUGGUUGGCUCCCAAGUUUGUCAAGCCCUGGUUUAUGUUAUGUUGUUUGAUUCAGCAACACAAAUCUAAAACACUUUGUACACUCUGCUACUCCCACAGGCAGUGGUAAUAUUGGGUCUUCUGGGUACCUGCAGUUAGGAGCAAAGUUUCUUGUCUACAGAUUACUGCAGCAAGUUCAGACAUGUUUUAAAAUAUUUCAUUAUUUAUCAAAGGUUUGUUAUUUGCAAUUUUAUUGAGAUUUUAAUUAAAGAUCCAUUACCUUUA